CAGUAUUGAAAAAAGGACCCAGCUUCUUGGCGUCGGCGGCAUCAGCAACUCAGCAAGCAUUAACGAGAAUGAAAUCCCUGAAACAAGCAAAACCCCACCUUCACUUCCUCCAUUAUCAAUCCAAACCCAUCAGUACCAUCUCUCAUUUCCUGCAACAACAACAACAGUCACAAUACUGUGCAUCAUCAUCUUCAUGCGAAGAAAUAAAAAACUCAAAAAAAUUAACAUUAACACGAAACGAAAUAACCAAAAUCAAUCUCCUAAUCCCACGGCUAUGUCUUUCAGACAAUCUGACAACAGCAAUCCACUUAACAACGGCGACCCUUCUCGCAAAACCACCUCACAAGUCAAUCUCUCUCUCCAUUCUCAUUCACUCUCUCACUUCCCAACCUGACAUGACCAAGCCCGUGUCACUCCUCACUAUUCUUAGACACACCCCACAGGCUCACGAUUACCUCACACCCAUCACUACUAUGCUGAUUACCUCUUAUGUUAAAAGGAAGAGACCAAAGGAGGCAUUUAAGGUGUAUCAAUGGAUGCUUAGACCUGGCUCUCCUUGUAGAGUCGAAAAGAUUGUAUUUUUAGCUUUGGUUAAUGGGUUUUGUGAGUUUGGCUUGGUUCUUGAGGGUUUGAGGAUUUUGAGGGACAUGGUUGAUGUGGGUUUUGUCCCUGGAGUUAGGUUGAGAAGAAGGGUUUAUAGAAGUUUGUUGAUGGAGGCUAGAGUGAGAGAAGCAGUGGAAUUGGAUAAAGCUUUGUGCUUUUAUGCUAAUGGUGAUGUUGAUGGUGUUAGUAAACUGAGGAAAUUGUUGGAUCCUGUAAUUAGGAACUGGACAGAGUAGGAACAGGCCCCUUCCACUUUCUUUCACCCCCAUUCCUUUUCAUUCCCAAUUCUUCUUUCUGAGCAAGUUGUGCUGUUCCAUCGAAAGAAUUCAGGUGAUGAUGUUCAGGUGGGAAUAUGAUUUUGCAUUUUAAUUUUUGCAAGACUACAUGCUUAAUAUCAUUUUAAUUCCAUUUUUUCAGGGAAUUUGUUUCAUUUUCUUGUAAAUCAAACUUCAGAAUAGCAGGCUUUGUAGUCACUAUAUGGAUAAGAGAUAUAAUUUCUGUUUUGCAAGUUGAAAAAAACUUUAGGCUUGCAGCAGCACUAAUUCCUAUAUCAAGUAUUGUUUAUUAUUAUUAUUAUUAUUAUUAUUAUUAUUAUUAUUAUUAUU